AUGCCCUCGAAGAAGAAUAACAAGAAAAAGUCUGCCGCGCAGAAGGCCGCCGCUGCUGCCGCCGCCGCCGAGAACGGCAACGGUGCUGAAGCGUCAGUGAACAACGUCAAUGGCGACGGCUCGGAGAAGAGCGAUGAUGAGGCGCCGCCACCGCUUGCGCCUGUUGACCCUGAAGUCGAGGGCGAGCGGUUGAAGGAGCAGGGUAACGAGGCGUUCAAGUCGAAACGGUAUGGCGAGGCUGUCGAUCUUUAUACCAAGGCUAUUAAUCUCCGCCCACAAGAACCGGCAUACCUCACCAACCGCGCAGCAGCCUACAUGGCCCUCAAACGUUUCCGCCCCGCGCUCGAAGACUGCCAAGCCGCAUCAAACCUCCAAUCCUCCUCCCCACAGCCCAAAACCCUCGCCCGCCUCGCGCGCUGUCAGCUCGCCCUCGGCCAAUCAGGCGCAGCGCUCUCGACUAUCCGCGCCACGCUCGACUUGGACGCGAGCAACGCGCAGGCGGCACAGUUGAAGGCGAAGGCGGACGAGCUGGACGGGCAUUUAAGGAACUUUGAGGGCGCGAAGGAGAGGAAGGAUUGGCCGAUGGCUAGGAUUGCGCUUGAUAAGUGCUUUCAGGGGAUUGAGGGUGAGGGGAGCGAGGUGCCGGCUGAGUGGAGGGUGUCGCGCGUUGAGCUGGAGCUUGCGCGCGGGAACCUCGAUGCGGCUGAGACGGCGGCUAACGAUGCGAUGAGGUUGCAACCUAACUCUCCUGACGCGUUGACACUGCGCGGGACAGUGCUCUUCCUUGCCGGCCGCUUGCCACAGGCAGCGCAGCACGCACAGAACGCCGCGCGUCUUGACCCUGGCCAUGCACCAGCGCAGCGUCUACGGAAGCGUGUGCGCGAUGUGGAAAGGUUGAAGGAGGAGGGCAACAAUGCGUUUAAAAGUAGUCGGUUAGAAGAGGCCGUUGAGAAGUACGGGGAGGCUAUCGACCGCAUCGGAGACAAGGAGGAAGAAGCGAAGGGCGGUGUCAUUCGCGCAACGCUACUCUCCAACCGGGCCACAACCCUUGUCAAGCUCGAUCGACACGAGGAAGCCUUGACCGAUGUCGACGCCGCACUCACCCUCUCGCCGAACAACUGGAAAGCCCUCCGCACGCGCGCCCGGAUCAACCUUCACCUCGAGAAAUACGACGCCGCAGUAGCCGACUUCAAGAACGCACAAGAACGCGCCGACUUCGAAGGUGCACCCGACGCGGACGUGCGCUCGCUAUCCUCCGAGAUCAAGAAGGCCGAGGCGGCGUUGAAACGCUCGAAGACGAAGGACUACUACAAGAUCCUCGGCAUCCCGCGCGACGCGAACGAGACGGAUAUCAAGAAGGGGUACAGGCGGGAAAGUCUGAAGCAUCAUCCGGAUAAGGGCGGCGACGAGGAGAAGUUCAAGUUGGUCGUGGAGGCGCAUGCGGUGUUGAGUGAUCCUAGACGGAGGGAGAGGUACGAUUUGGGCGAGGACGAGGAUGGGUUGAACGAUGGUGGUAUGGGCGGUAUGGGCGGUAUGGGAGGCAUGAGUCAGGCGGAUAUUGCGAAUCUGUUUGCGAGCUUUGGUGGUGGUGGUGGCGGCGGGUUCCCCGGUGGAGGGCCGUUUGGUGGAGGUGGAGGUGGCGGGUUUGGGGGGCGCGGAGGAGGAUUCCACUUCCAUUCUGGUGGAUCGCGCGGGUUUGGUGGGUUUUAG